UAACUUAUAUGUUCAUGAGCUUUCAUGAAUAAAACACACUUCAUUGGAUGAGCUCUAAAUAGGGCUCAUAGUGGCAGCAGGGAAAUUUCUUAAAACAGAGUUAACCAGGUUCAAUUAUGUAUUGAAUGUCUAAAAAGUAAUGGAUUAUGUGCCAAAAUGAAGCAGAUUGGAGAAAGUGGAUUUACCUGAGAUUAAACAAGGUAUUUUUUUGUUCCAUAUUAAGAACAGAUAUAUCUUAAAGAACAAGUGUUUUCAAUAGGUACAAACAAUGGGAUAAGAUUAAGCAAUACUUCGGCAUGCUGUCAUAGUAAAGGGGAGGUUGUUCUAGCUUCAUAGAGCUAAUUAAAUCUGGUAAAGGAGUUAGAGUGAAGUUAGGUCAUACAUUUUAUUUUAAUUGAUUAGGAUGAGAGCAUAUAGGUAUUUCACAGUGGCGUAGGAUAUUUUGAAAGGAGGAAAGAUAUAUUUUGUGUGAUAAAAAUUAAGAGUAAAAGUUUUCUGAUUUGUUUAAAUUUACCUUGUAACCAUAUACUUGGCUGCAAUGUUUUAUGUUGCAAUUUGGAACUGCUUUGGAAUUCAGCCAAUUGCCAAAUAUCUACAAUACAGUACUUGUUUUAAUCAAGGAUCUGCUAGGAUUACAGUUGUGAACAUGUGAGAACUCUUUUGUAAGCAGAAAGAGGCGUUUCCUUUAGCCCAUUCUUGGCCUCUGUGCACACUUUUGUAUUCAUCUCAACCUCACCCACAUUGCAUUAUGCACACACGUAAAUCUUCAGCUUUUUAACCGCAGGUAUACAAUGCAAACCUUGGAUUCUGUUGAACAUAACACAUCUCCACAAUAAUUUAUUUGUUGUAAACAUUUCAGUUGUGAGGGUUGGGACCCGGAAGGAUUUAAGAAGUGAUUUAAGUUCCCGUGAGGAACAGAAUUUAGCUACUUACAUUAUACAGUGCUGUUUUAGAAAACUAGCCUUUAACCAAGAAUAAAAAUUUUCAGAAUAAUAUGCGAACAGAUCAUGAAGAACUCUGUGGCACCAGUUAUGGACCUUUUUGUCUAAAUGGUGGAAUUUGUUAUAUGAUUCCAACUGUAUCUGGUCCAUUUUGCAGGUGUAUUGAAAACUAUACAGGAGCCCGUUGUGAAGAAGUUUUGCUUCCUAGUUUCAAGACCCAAAUUAAAAGUGAACUGUUUGCAGCUUUCUUGGCUUCCGUUGUUGUUCUAGGACUUCUUGUAAUUGGAGCAUUCUACUUCCUUUGCAGGAAGGCCCAAAUUCCAAGAGCCAUCUCAACAGAGUAUGGUGCUGGCCUGGCUGAGACUAGUAGCAGUGAUGGCUGCAACAGCGGUGAGGGCCAUCAACUCAGAGCUGCUGCACAGGAUCGUCUACCUCAGAGACCUGGACACCAUCGUGGCUGGCUUUGCUGGCCUAGGAUUCCCGAACAGUGGAGGAGCUCUCCAUGGGACACACAUCCUGAUCAAUGUGCCACCCCAUCGAGCGGCAACAGGAAGGGUUACUUCUCAAUGGUGCUGCAGGCCCUGGUUGACCACCAGGGACAGUUUACAGACACUUGUGUCGGGUGGUUGGGCCAGGCACAUGAUGCCCGCGUAUUUAGGAACUCAGACCACAGGCUGCAGGCUGGAACAUUCUUCCUGCAGCGAAACGUUGCUUGGUGGGAUGUGCAGAUGCCGAGAUGGAAAAGAAGGAUGGGGGAUGGGAGAGGGGAGCAGGAGCAUGGCAUGCAGGAGGAGUGGCAACAGGGUCAGGAGCUGGGAAAGCCAUGACCUCCCGUACUGUGGCACAGAUGGUAGUCCGCUGCUGGAUGAGCUCGUCUAAUAAGCAGUCGUGUCACACAGCAUCUGCUUGUGUCCUUGCUGCGAUAGUCUCCUUCAUUUCCUGGAGGAUGCCAAUGUGUUUCAGCAUCAAUUCCUGGUAGACACGUCAGUGUCUGCAGCUGCAAUGGACCCAGCAUGGUGGCGGGGCUGGUGUAGCUCAACCCUCAGGCAUGGCUGGUCUUGCUGCAGAGGACAAGGAGAGGCAGCCAGUCAUGUGUGCACACACUGUCCUGGAGGACAUGCCGUCCUUGUAACUCUCCUUGAAAGGGGAUGCUGAUGUUCUGAUAGCAAGUCCACGUGUGGCCUGGCCAGCAGCCCUAGCCUCACAGCGGCCCUGAGGUGCCAAUGGGACCAUCCUGCCCCGCCCCUUUGGCCAAACAGCCCAGGGAAGUGUCCACCCAUAGUGGGUUCCCAGGUGUUAGAGAGAGGCCUGCAGUGGCCUGACCUUCCCUGCCCCUCCCUCCACCUAAACGUGUCAGCACUGUCUGCGGGAGCGGGUGGUGCUUCGCACAUGCACACAUGGCCGCGUGCUAUGUGCGACACGCAUAGAUCUGUGUGAGGUCAUGCAUGCGUCCUUGUGCACAGCUGGCUUCCCACAGUGUCUGGCAGGGGAAGGAUGGCCCUCCCUGGGCUCGCAUAUGUGUGGGGCCCUCCCUAGGCUGAGAGCAGCAGCCCGCAUGUGCUGUGGGACUGGCUCCACCUGUUGCCCCUGCCGCUGCAUGUGCACAGCCAGAUGCUGAUGAGAGCGCCCCAUCCCCUGUGCUCCCGCCUUCCCCACCCUGUGUGUGUGGCAACCUCACAGCACUCAUCUGAUGUUCUCACCCCGGGGUGUGAAGAUGCCUGGGAGGCCUCCUGGGUCGGUGGGACUGACUCCAGCCUGAGGGUCACUGCAGUCUCCAUUUCCUCCUCCUCCUCCUGCAGCUGCUGCUCCUCCACAGCUUCCUCUGCCUGUAGCUCCGUGCCUGACUCCACCAACACCAGUGGAGACAGGGGUUGCCCACCCCAUAGUAUUUGGUCCAACUCCUUAAAGUACAGGCGGUAGUGGGGAGCUUCCCCAGAGAAGGAGCUGCGCUCAUUGGCCCUUGUAUAAGCCUGCCACAGUUCUUUGACCUUCAAGUGCAUUUGGUCCAGGGUGCGGGGGUGGUGGCCUUUCUUUGCCAGACCGUCAGCCAUGCGCCCAUAAAUUUCUG